GUGGCUCUGGGAGGAGCGUGAUGGCAGCGCAUCUUCUCCUUCAGCUCCUCCUCAGAUGCUCCUCAGACUCUCCUCAGAUGACAGCUGCUGUCAGAAGACUCAUUCCACUCUGAGGAGGAAGUUUAUUCAUCAUGUCUAAGAGCUGGUCAGCGAACGACCACAAAAGCUACUCGAACCCGGCGCCUGCCGCCACCAAACGGCCGAGAAACGACAACGGGAACAAAGUGACGGUGGUUUUAGGAGCGCAGUGGGGAGAUGAAGGCAAAGGAAAAGUUGUCGAUUUGUUAGCAACAGAGUCUGACAUCGUGUGCAGGUGUCAGGGUGGAAAUAAUGCAGGUCACACAGUGGUGGUGGAUGAGAAGGAAUAUGACUUUCAUCUUCUCCCCAGUGGAAUCAUCAACACUCAUUGCACAUCAUUCAUCGGUAAUGGUGUCGUGAUUCACCUUCCAGGAUUAUUUGAGGAGAUUGACAAGAAUGAGAAGAAAGGUCUGAAAGGUUGGGACAAACGGCUUGUGAUAUCUGAUCGAGCACACAUCGUGUUUGAUUUUCAUCAGGCGGUUGAUGGACUGCAGGAGGUUCAGAGAAAAGCUCAAGAGGGCAAAAACAUAGGGACGACUAAAAAAGGCAUUGGACCCACUUACGCCUGCAAAGCGUCUCGCACCGGACUUCGCAUCUGCGACCUCAUGGCAGAUUUCAAUGAGUUUUCUACAAGAGUGAAAAAUCUUGUGCAGCAGUAUCAGUCGAUGUACCCUGCUCUUAAAGUGGACGUAGAGGGUGAACUGAAGAAACUGAAGGAUUACGCCGAGAGGAUAAGGCCUCUGGUCAGAGAUGGUGUCUAUUUCAUGUAUGAUGCAAUUCACGGAGUCCCGAAGAAAAUCCUGGUUGAGGGGGCCAAUGCUGCCCUCCUGGACAUCGACUUCGGAACGUACCCGUUCGUGACAUCAUCCAACUGCACGGUGGGCGGCGUGUGCACGGGUCUUGGCAUCCCUCCCGCAAACAUCGGAGAGGUGUAUGGCGUGUCAAAAGCCUACACCACCCGAGUGGGCAUCGGGGCCUUUCCUACAGAGCAACUCAAUGCUGUAGGUGAGCUAUUACAGACUCGAGGUCACGAGGUGGGCGUGACUACAGGCCGAAAGAGACGAUGCGGUUGGCUGGAUUUGGUUAUUCUUAAAUAUGCCCACAUGAUCAACGGAUUCACAGCCAUUGCUUUGACUAAACUAGACAUCCUUGAUGAUUUGGAUGAAAUAGAAGUCGGCGUGGCCUACAAGAUCAAUGGCAAACGAAUUCCAUAUUUCCCAGCCAACAUGGAGGUUCUGCAGAAGGUGGAGGUGGAAUAUGAAACAUUUCCGGGAUGGAAGACGGACACUUCAGCGGCCAGAAAGUGGAAUGAUCUCCCUUCUAAAGCUCAGAACUACAUUCGCUUUGUGGAAAAUCACAUCGGCGUUCCCAUUAAAUGGGUCGGUGUUGGGAAAUCCAGAGAAUGUAUGAUACAGAUGUUCUAGAAACCACUGGAAAUCAUUUCACAAGUUCUCCAUCACCAUCAGAUGACAAGCAAAAUGAGUCUCCUGGUUUUACCGGCUGGUUAUUUGUUCAAAGUCUUUACUUGAUAAAAGAUAACAAACCAGGUUUUUGUCUUCAGGCAUUAUAAUAAUCUAUCCGUCGACCGUGUGGAUUGAUUGAUUGUUUUUGAUCAACGCAAGAAUGGUUUAUAUCAUUGUUUAAAGAUAACCAACCUUAUUUUUAAAAGUGGCAUUACAUUGUGCACUUAAGAACUUAUGUCCAAUAUUUCCAAUGUUCAUUUGUGAGAUAUAAACUAAACAAAAGAAACUUG